AUGAAGGGAUUUAUGUUUGGCUAUUUUAUAAUAUAUCUAGUAGAUUUAACUAAAUUUACAAUAUACGGUAGUAUUAAUGAUUUUAGGACCAGUACUAAAAAAAAUGACGCAAUAUCAAUUUUCUAUCUUGCUCUAUUAGAAUUUAAAGCAUUUAUUGCCAUUGCUGAUUUUUAUUAUAGAAAUGAAAUUCCAGGACUUGUAGAAUUAAUAUUAGUUAAAUUAGAAGUAUUUGGGUCAUAUAUAUACAUUUAUUUAUUAAGAAAAUUUUAUAUACCACUUUUUACAUACAGCACUUCUGCUAUUCUUUUAGCUUUUUAUAUUUUAAUUUAUUGGCCCGACGUGUAUGAAAUGGUAUUACAAAAUUAUAGUAAAAGAAUAGGUGUAGGCGUAGAUAUAAAAAAUAUUUAUAUUAUCAGACAAAUAUAUGCAGCAGUAAAAAGCCUAACAUAUACUCUUUUUAUUGUAAUAGUAUUUUUACAUACAUUUUUACAAGUACAAGGAUUUAAAGCAGGAUUUUUAAUAAUGACAAUACCAGUAUUUUUAAUAAAAGUUCUAGAAAGGGAAGAAGAAGAGGAGGAAGAUUUAAUUGCUAAAUAUAUAAUAAUAAUAUUAUUUAUAGUAUUAUCACUUUAUUCUAUAUAUGAAACUAUUGCUUUAUCUUAUAAUAAUAAUGAAACAGAGAUACAAUUACUUUAUUAUUUAAAUAGUUAUCAUUUCGUACUUUCAACUUUAUUAUCAAUUACUGACAGAUUUACUUAUAAAAAAGGUCUAAAAGAAGCACUAAAUAAAAUAAAAGUAAAAGAACAAAGAGAAAUAUAA